UUACGCAGGCGUACACCACGUACACCGAUGAACAGAGCUGUCUUGGCUGAAUGCUAGCUGGCUAGCUAACGGUCUGUCAAGUCGCACACAUUGGGCUAGAAGGGGGAAGCGCAGCGGUGGAGAAGAAGGGCGACCCAAGUGCCGCUACGAAAUGGCCGGGCAACAGUUCCAGUACGAUGACAGCGGCAAUACCUUUUUCUAUUUCCUAACGUCCUUCGUCGGACUUAUUGUGAUCCCAGCCACAUAUUACCUCUGGCCCCGGGAUCAGAAUGCUGAACAACUGCGUCUGAAGAGCCUGAGGAGGGUACAUGGCAGGUGUUUGUGGUACCGGCUCAGGCUGAUGAAGUCACAGCAGAGCAUCGUCCCAACACUAAAGAAAGCAGCCUUGUUAUUUGGGUGGGCUGUGUUCCUGCUGCUAGCCUACAAGGUGUCCAAGCUGGACAGAGAGUACCAGGAGUACAAUCCUUAUGAAGUCCUCAACUUGGACCCGGGUGCAUCUCUGUCAGAAAUCAAGAAGCAAUACCGUGUACUGUCACUCAAGUUCCACCCUGAUAAAGGUGGAGAUGAGGCCACCUUCAUGAGAAUUGCCAAAGCUUAUGCUGCUCUGACCAAUGAACAGUCACGACAGAACUGGGAAAUGUACGGCAACCCAGAUGGUCCAGGAGCUACCAGCUUUGGUAUUGCCCUGCCUGCCUGGAUCGUUGACCAGAAGAACUCAAUGCUGGUGCUGUUGGUGUAUGGACUAGCCUUUAUGGUCAUCCUUCCGGUUGUUGUGGGCACAUGGUGGUACCGCUCCAUCCGCUACAGUGGGGACCAGAUCCUCAUCAACACUACCCAACUCUUCAUGCAUUUCAUGUACAAAACACCAAACAUGAACAUGAAGCGGUUAGCCAUGGUGUUGACAGCAGCAUUUGAGUUUGACCCUCGCAGCAAUAAAGAAGCCACCAUAAGACCAACAGACAACAUUGAAGUGCCACAGUUGAUCCGUGAAUUAGGAAAUAUCAAUGUGAAGAAGAAGGAGCCUCCAUUCUGUUAUCCUUACAGUUUGAAGGCCAGGGUCUUGGUGCUUGCUCACCUGGCACGCAUGGAUGUCUCAGAGGAGUUAGAGGAAGAUCAGAGGUUUGUGGUGAGGAAGAGUCCAGCUCUCCUCCAGGAGAUGAUCAACGUGGGCUGUCAGCUUACAAUGAUGGCCAACAGCAGAGGAGGUUUCCAUGCUCCUCGACUGGUAACCAUAGAGAAUUGUAUGAAACUGACCCAGAUGAUAGUGCAAGGUCUGCAGGAGUCAAAGUCUCCACUUCUGCAGCUGCCCCACUUUGAGGAGGAGCACCUCCGCUACUGCAUCUCCAAGAAGUAUAAAGUUCGGAGCCUUCAGGACCUGGUGAGUCUCAAGGACUCCGACAGGCGCAGCAUGCUGCGGUUCUUGGGGGAGGAAAAGUACGAUGAGGUCAUGGCCGUGCUGGGCAGCUUCCCUCACAUCACCAUGGAUACCAAACUGCAGGUCCUUGAUGAUGAAGACAGCAAUAACAUCACAGCAGGCUCCAUUGUCACAGUAACUGUCACCUUAACCAGAAAACGGAUGGCGGACAUGUUUGAAAAAGAGCAGGAGACAACAGCAUGUCCAGGAGAGGAAGCUGCCACUACAGAAGAAGCACAAGCAGACUCGAGUAAAGCCAAAACCAAAGUGUGGCAGAACAAGAGUAAAGGAGCUAAGAAGACAGCAAAGUCCAAGAAGAAAAAAUUAACCAAGAAGAAGGCCACUCCUGCGCCCGCCAAAACCAAGCAGGCCAAUGGCAACGUGGCUGGAAAUGAAGUCGCAGUAGCAACAUCAUCAACAGCAGUUAAGGAGGAAGAGGACGAGGCCUCGGACAAGGGCAGUGAUUCAGACGAGGGCGAAGCCAACAAGGACUCUCCCAGCGAGAGAGAUGAAGACAGCGACAAGCAAAGUGACACAGAGGUGGAUGAGAUGGGCGGUGACGAUGAGGAGGAGUGGGAGGCGUUGCAGCAAAGCAUCCAGCGGCGAGAGCGGGCCCUGCUCGAGACCAAGUCGAAGGUGACACACCCAGUCUACAGCCUCUACUUCCCAGAGGAGAAGCAGGAGUGGUGGUGGCUCUACAUCGCCGACCGCAGAGAUCAGACCCUCGUCUCCAUGCCCUACCACGUCUGCACACUAAAAGACACAGAAGAGGUGGAGCUGAAGUUUCCAGCUCCCUCCAAAACGGGCAACUACCAAUAUUCUGUCAUCCUCCGCUCUGAUUCCUACAUGGGACUGGACCAGAUCAAACCACUCAAGUUGGAGGUCCACGAGGCCAAGGCCAUGCUGGACAACCACCCGCAGUGGGACAUCCCCGAUACGGAGGAGGAGGACGAGGAGCAGGAGGACAGCGACGGCAUCGAGGAGAGUGAAGACGAUGACGAGGACAACGACUGAACCCAGAUACACACACGCACGCACAUACACACAACACACACACACGCUCAGCCUUCUCCCAUGGACUGGCCACCCACCCACUCCUGACCCCACGACGGCACUCUGAGAGCAGCGAACGAGAAGCUGCUGCCCGCCACACACACACACACACACACACACGCAGACACACUGAAUCAUUGGGGACAAUUUCUACACACACAGCCCUCCUCCUCCUCCUCCUCCUCCUCCUCCUCGUCCUCGUCCAUUUUAUCCUUACAAUGACGUGGACUGUGACCCUGCCCCCUCCAUUUUCCCCUUUUCUACAGAGACUUGUUCCUUCACUUUCCGCUGCUGGCGGAAAAGAAUUCUGUGAAUACUUAACCAGGCCCGUGUGUGUGUGUACGCGAGUGGGUGUGGGCGUGUGUGUGCGUAUGCUGUGUGUUUGUAAACCUUGUAUGUGUCUGUACAGGUAUGAAAGAUUGACACACUGUGGACUGGAGGACCUAUUAUUAUCUGGGCUCUUUUCUCGAGGGGGAGAGGGGAUGUCAUAAACAGCUAAUUCAGUUUUGCAAAAUUAACAGAAACUCACAGCUUCCAUACUGAAAAUCACAACUUCGCUCUCGCUCCUAAUUUAAGAAAAAAAAGAAAAAAAAUCACUCAGCACCGACGUUUUCCUCACCAAUGAUACUUUCUAUUGUACACUUAAAACUGCAGAAGUGUGAGCUUUAGCCCCACUCGUCGGGGGAUCACAUCCGAGUCGACCAUUGGCACAUUUGCUCCUUUUCAGCGCACAGGAGCACAGUAAAGUCUCAUCAGGGUUUUUUUUGUUUGUUUGUUUGUUUUUUUCCGCUGUUACACCAGCCAGUCACUUGUAUGUACUUGUACUUACUGUAUGUUGAAGGGGAUGUCUGCAGAUAAAUACUGAUCUCCAGUCAGUUCUGUUAAUGAUGCCUGUUCUGCCCCUUGUGAUCCACAUCAAACAAAGUGUAUUUCUUCUGAAAGAGACAGCUGUUGGUUGAAAGCAGGUGGCUCUUGAAAUGAAUUAUGACCUCAAGUGUAAUGGGGGAAAAUGACAAAACUUGCAGUGUUAAGAUUUCUUUUUUUUCUUCUUCAUAUACUACAUAAAAGUUGUGAGUUUUCAGUCUUUUAAGGGGCUCAGAUACUGAUAUAUAUAGAUAUAUACAUACUCGUGGCUUUUCAGAGAAGUGACUUCCUUUCUCUUCAUCUUUUUCUUUUUUUUGUACAAUUGUAGCACAUUCCAGUGUAUACUCAUUGUCCAAAAAGGCCUUAUGAAUACAACUGAAAUACCACAACAUACAAGUCUUUGGGUGCUAUGCACCAGUGGUUCUUGGGAGAGAAGAAAAAAAAACUUCUUUUUUUGUGUUUGUAAAAAAUCAACAGUGUUUUUCCUUUGUUUCAGUUUAGAAUUAGUCUCCUCAUAGUAACCCUAUAGCUCCCCCAGUUUUGGGAUACAUAUCACUGAUUUUGCCAUAACAAAGCCUCUAUUAAGUACAGUUUUGUCUGCUGGAAGAGGGUUAGCAAGUCAAGCGUGGAAUGUGACUGGCUCUGUGUUAAAGGGACUGUAGUAUGAGGUCCCUGACACACACACACACACACACACGCACAGCGAUCAUGAUCUGGAAAGUGUCUCGAACAAAAACCAGUCAAAAGUAACUUGUGGUUGUAAGACUAAGCAUAUUCUGUCCAGCACCUUUUUGUCUUCAGUCAUUGAAGCAGAGCAAGCUUAGUUUGGAAAUUACUGCCAUUCCAGAUGGGAAUUGCUUUUCACCAAAUCUGGACUUUUUUUUUCUCUUUUUCUUUUGUUUGUAUCCAAGAAAUACACAGCAGUUCUGGCUAACUGAGAGAACUCCUUUCAUUUAAAUUUACUAGGGUUUUUGUUUAUGUCUCAGUUAAGCUGUAGUUAUUACAAAUGUAACACAUAGGUCUUUGUCUUGUGUUCUUCCAUUUGAAAUUUUGUUUUUACAUUUGUUAGACUCAUGAGUGGGGGGAAAAAGUAAAUCAGAGCUUCCGCGUACGGCUCUGUGGGCUCUCGCUGUAUGUUGACAACUUGGCAGUUCGGUUUUUAAAAGAUAUAAGAAAAAUCUUUCACCAAGAAUAUCCACACAACAGUUCAUCGUUUCUGUUAAGGCAUAUUCUAGUGUGUCAUGUUAGUGUGGGAGAGAUGAAGGUUUGAAUAUCCAUCAGCGUGCUCUCCCACCACCACAUACACACACUCACUCACACAAACAAACUGACAAUGCGCGCACUAUACCCUCCUGUAAUUGUGUUCAAAGCAGGUGUAUGCUAACAGGUAAUAUUGUACUCUGAGUAUUUAUCGCUCUGCAAUAGAAUGUAGCAUCAGUGAUUUACGCUGUGUGGAAAAAAAACUGCAGUGAGGUUAAAUACGACACCAUCUCUCCCAUGACAGACCUCGUCCAGGCUAUUGGCUGGCAGGCCGUCUCAGUUUGGACAAACUACCCAAUGACUAUCUAUCUGCCACUUUUGUUUACAAAGGAACUGUCAUUGUAAAUGGAAAAAUAUAUUAUUUGUAUUUAAAAUCAUUUCAAAUAAAAACUUUUAAAUGAG